AUGAAGGUAUUUGUGGUUGUUAUGCUCGGCAUGGUGUUGCUGACCGGCGCAGCAUUUGCGGAUGAAUCGGAAGAAAAGCAAAACUCCUCUCCAGAAUCCGGCGAAGUAAACUGUGCGGUUGAAAAAUGCAACGGACAGUAUGAAGAGUAUAAAUGCUGCGGCAAGUGUUACCAGGAAACGUGUCAGGGCACCAAGAUUGAUUGCGAAAAGAAAUGCACCAAAGGAUGCUACUGCAUUAAGGGAUUCAUCCGUGAGUACGAAGGAGGCAAGUGUAUGCCGAAGCGUCUUUGCCAAAUUUAUCUACGCCGAGGCUUCAACAGCGGCUAA